AUCCUACGUCAGACGUCAUUGCGUCAGCUGCAUUCAAAGAGGGAUACGAUUUUGUCAGGGUAAAUUGUAUUUGCUCCAUAACAACUCGGCUAGUAAUCAUGACGAACCAACUUUGUAAGCUGUUUGUCGGUGGAUUGAACGUCGAGACUACAGACGAUGGACUUCGGCAACAUUUCGAGCAGUACGGCCAGUUAACCGACUGCGUAGUGGUUCAGAACCAGCAGCUACAAAGGUCCCGGUGCUUCGGCUUUGUAACCUACUCAAGCGCGGAGGAGGCCGAUGCAGCCAUGGCCGCCAGGCCACAUGUCGUCGAUGGUACCAACGUGGAGUUAAAAAGGGCCGUUGCACGGGAAGAUGCCGGUAGGCCAGAGGCACUCGCCAAAGUUAAAAAAAUAUUUAUCGGUGGGUUGAAAGACGACAUAGAAGACGACCAUUUGAAUGAUUAUUUCUCUCAAUUCGGGGCAAUUGAGAAGGCCGAAGUAAUCAGUGACAAACAGACUCUCAAAAAAAGAGGAUUUGGCUUUGUCUAUUUUGAAGAUAAUGACUCUGCCGACAAAGCAGUGGUGCUGAAGUUCCACACAAUCAAUGGGCACAAAGUGGAGGUGAAGAAGGCCCUCACCAAGCAAGAGAUGCAGUCAGCCGGUGGUCGGGGAAGAGGCGGGCGAGGAAUGAGAGGGUCUCAAAAUGGCUACGACGGCGGAAGAGGUGGCGGCUACGGCAACUAUGGCGGUAAUUAUGGAGGAAAUGAUGGCGGCUACGGUGGCGGCUACGGCAAUGGAGGUGGUUACGGUAACCAAGGGGGAUACGGAGGAGGUUAUGGAGAUCAAAUGGGGAGCAGUUAUGGUGGGAACGGUUAUAAUGACUUUGGCGAAGAUUAUGGACAGCAGUCCUCCGGCUAUGGUGCAAUGAAAGGUGGUAAUUAUUCAGGCAGGAGCGCAGCACCGUACUCCCGUGGAGGCGCCAGUGGUUAUGGCAGGGGUGGAUAUGGUGGUUAUUAGACACCGUUUGACCCAAUAAUUUGAAAUGUUCUGAUUUUCUGAUUCAAUGACCUGCAUUUACACACGGGUCAGAGUUGCCCAUUUCUUUGUUGCUACUAUUUUAUUAAAGUACUCGUGCCCCUCGCCCACCCUGAUGUACCCUCCCCCUCCACCCGGACUACACCAUUGCCCCUAGGCGGCGCUACUAAAGACAUGAUGGACACAUUAUUACUAAUUCAACUUUCUGACUUCUCAAUGUAGUGUAGUGAUUCCCUUUCAAUAUUUUUUUUUUUAAUUGUAGUUAACGUCGCUGCUUCCAAGACUUUGGUAUGAUACUGUAUGUCAUUAGUACCAGCCAGGUUAAUAACAAGACAUAUUGCUUUAGCAACAUGAAACUCAGGGGUAUUAAUGGAUUUGAAAGCAGUCUUAGUGUAUGCUUGUGUUUUUAAGAUCAUAAUAUUUCGUGUCAAAGUAUUAAGUACUUAUGGUUAUUGUAUUAUUAUACUUUUUUUUAAUGGUUACCUCCAAAUGAUUUUCUCCAUCCAAGAUGUGCUGUUCAAUACCUUGCAAAGCAAUGCAGUUUUGUGGAAUGUUACUUAAAUAUUAGUUGGCUAUUGAGCCUAACUCUCUUGGCUGUAUUAAAGUUUUUAAUGUUUGAAAGCAAUCAGUGCUUAUUGUCCAUUUUAACCACUCUGACCUUGUUUCAGAAGAGAAUCAAGUUAAACCUUCAGAUCAUUCAGGAUCACAGUUCUAUCAUUCUGAACUCUUUGGCCUCAAUGCCAAGUGUCACGUUUGCAGGAAACUUGGCACAAUCCUUACUAUUCAAGAUCAAGGGAAAGAUGAACAGAGCAAAGUACAGAGAGAUCCUUAAUGAAAACCUACUCCAGAGAGCUCAGGACCUCAGACUGGGGCGAAGGUUCACCUUCCAACAGGUCAACGACCCUAAUCACACAGCCGAGACGACGCAAGAGUGGCUUCGAGACAAGUCUCUGAAUGUCCUUGAGUUGCCCAGCCAGAGCCCGGACUUGAACCUGAUCGAACAUCUCUGGUAGGGACCUGAAAAUAGCUGUGCAGCGAUGCUCUCCAUCCAACCUGACCGAGCUUGAGAGGAUCUGCAGAGAAGAAUGGAAGAAUGGGAGAAACUCCCCAAAUACAGGUGUGCCAAGCUUGAAGCAUCAUACCCCUAAAGACUUGAGGCUGUAAUCGCAGCCAAAGGUGCUUCAACAAAGUACUGAGUAAAGGGUCUGAAUACUUAGGUAAAUGUAAUAUUUCAGUAUUUUUUUAUACAGUUGCAAUUUUGCUUCGUCAAUAUGGGGUAGUGUGUCAGACUGAGGGGGGGGGGGGGGGGGGGGGGGGGCAAAACAGUGUAAUCAAUUUUAGAAUAAGGCUGUAACAAAACAAAAUGUGGAAAAAGUCACGGGGUGGUUUGAAUACCUUCAGAAUGCCCAGUAAAUUUCUAGACAGCGGACAUGCCCAUAGCAACUACAGAGCACUAGAAGGCAGAUGUCUUCACUCCAAAAUGUCUCAAAUAACUUAGGUCUAAAUGUCCAUUGUCCACAAGUAAUAGGACUACUCCUUUUGGACUAUUUUGUUUUGAGCAGUGGAGGACUGCAGUUUUGUAUUUUGCCCAGAUAUGAUUGAAAUUAAGUUAAAUAGCCAAGUCUCUUUGCUUGUUAGUGCUUUUUCUUUUCUUUAGGUAAUGUGUUGUAAGUAAAUUGCAUUUUGUUUUAAAUAUUUGGAUUUAAGUUGGCGUGUUAUUAAUAUGGGACCCCAUGUUUGACUGACUAGCCAUGUAGUCAAUUGCAGUGAACUUGAUUUUGGUCAUUUCCUGCAUCUAAUUAGUUAAUAGGCAACUGAAGUUAUAUUGUCCAUAAAAUAUAUUAUUACUUGCCCCGGCACUAUACCAAAGUAUAUGAUCAAAUUUGCCCAAUAGUGUUUGGUCUCAAAGGAAAGUCUCGAUGCAGUAUUUAGGCUGUAAGGACUAGGUCAUACUUUUUAAGUAUUCUAGGUUCACUGCUGCUGUUCCCGAAAUGUAGGCUAUUUGUUUUAGUUUGAUUUGUGAUUCCCAUUUAGUUUAUAUGUUAAUAAAUAAUUGUAUCAUUA